CAUACGGGAACGUCAGGGAAAAGUGGAAACAAGGCGGAGAAAAUGUGUGUAGUUAGUGCUGUUACCUUUCUAGAAGCCUUGUGACUUGACGGUGUAGUGUCGACAGGGAAGUCGAGGCGAAAAGACAAGACGAAAAGUUUAUGGAAUUAUACAUUCUUCACAAGUGCUUACUUUGACAAAACAAGGAUUAUCCCUGCCAGAAGAAAAGUUGUACAGUGGGCCAUGCAGAGCCAGGCUGUGUCCCUGCGGCGGUGAGCUCCAGCACCAGCCAGUGUUUUCACCGUGAUGGCGGCAGAGCGGGAUGGGCGGGGGUGUGAGCUGCCCAUUGCCCCGGGCCAGGUGUACAUCGAGGUGGAGUAUGACUACGAUUACAAAUCCAAGGAGCGCCAGGUCUCCAUCCGCCAGGGAGAGUGUUACAUGCUGGUGAAAAAGACCAACCAGGACUGGUGGCAGGUCAAGAAAGAGGAGGGGACCAAGGCGUUUUAUGUCCCAGCGCAGUACGUCAGGGAGGUCCGUAAGGCCCUCAUGCCGCCUCCCAAGCCCCUGCACCUGGGGCAUUACCGUGGGGGGAGUGGGGGGAACCCGGUGCGGGUCAAGCCCAGCGUCCUGGAGAUGGACAGAGACAGAUCUAACGAGAACCUGAAUGUGACCAGUUUCGGCCGGCCCUCUCCCUCGUCACCCUCCCCCUCCUCCUCGUCGGGGGCAGCCCUCACCCCUCCGAGCCAGCGCAGGGACAGGGAUGCCAACCAGAACCCUGGUAGAGACCCUGGCAGCCCCACCGACCACGACAGGGCCUUGACAGAUGUCCUCCAAAACAGCCACCCUCACCCCCACGCUCCUGGACGGGGAUGUAACACGUUGCCCCGUGCCCGUGCCUCCUCCCCAGAGCUCCGCAGGGCACCCCUGGACGUGGACAUGCCGCCGGGGCACUGUGACUCAGAGGGGUCGGAGAGACGCAACGACUCAGAGUCUGGAGAUGAGCUGAGCAGCAGUUCUACUGAACACCUGCAGACCGUCUCUCUGUCGGGUCAGGGUGGUCGUCCUGAGUCUCCUGUCUACACUAACCUCCAGGAGCUGAAGAUCUCUGGGUCCAGCCUGCCCCCCGACCCCUCCAGCUCCCCGCAGCACGUCCUGGGGGACUGGGAGACACAUAAGGACCAGAGCGGCAGACAGUACUACUACAACUGUUCCACCCAGGAGAGAACAUGGAAGCCUCCCCGAGCCAGAGACGCUAGCAGUGGCAGCAGCAGCCGCGGUGAAUCCCACAGCAAUAGCACUGGGGAGACAGAGAUGACUCCACCGCUCUCUCUCUCCCCGUCCUUCCUUCCUCUCCUCUCGCUCUCCAUUGGUCGGUUCCAGCCUCUGUUGUUGGAGGACAACGGCCACAGCACAUAUUCUAGCCAAUCAGACAGCCAGUACGGCUUCCCGCCCCGGGGUUGGUCAGAAGAGCUGGAUGAGCAUGGACACACUCUGUAUGUCAAUGACUAUACUAAUGAGAAGUGGAUAAAGCAUGUUGAUGAACAGGGCAGACCCUACUACUACAGUGCUGAUGGCUCCAGGUCAGAGUGGGAGCUGCCCAAGUACAACCACUCCCCCCCUCCUCUGCCUGGUGGAGGAGACGGGACCCCUGAAAGCCUCAGUCUGGACAGGAAACACGUAGACCCCAUCGUCCUGACCAAGUGGAGAAACAGCACCAACGUGCUGGACACCAACGACAAGCGGCUCAUCAAAAACAACAGGCGUUUCCGUACGGGCUCUGGUCGCCCCCACCCCUACAGACAGACACAAGACGGUACGUUGGGCCCCAAGGUCCCUGGCUCUCCAGACUCUGACUCCUCAGACCCCUCGUCCCACAAGCCCCCUACCUCUCCUUCGGAGAAGUGUGGUAUUCUCAACGUGACCAAGAUCACUGAGCAUGGAAAGAAAGUACGGAAGAACUGGACGUCGUCCUGGACGGUUCUCCAGGGCUCCUCGCUGAUAUUCAAUAAAGGCCAGGGGGGCGGGACCAGCUGGUUUGGAGGAAGCCAGUCUAAACCAGAGUUCACUGUGGACCUGAGAGGAGGAUCUAUAGAAUGGGCUUCCAAGGACAAGUCAAGCAAGAAACAUGUCAUUGAGCUGAAAACCCAUCAGAGUACAGAGUUGCUGAUCCAGUCAGAGAACGACGUCGUCAUCAACGAAUGGUACAGGGCACUGAUGGACACCAUCAGCACACACGCCUGGGAGUCAGAUGAGGCUAUAGAGGAGGACAUGCCAGAGUCUCCUGGACUGGAGAAACAAGACAAGGAGAGAGAGCACAGAGACUCUAAGAAGAGCCGAGCCAUGAAGAGUUCCACCAGUAUGGACGCGUCGGACAACAAGAAGACCAGAAUCAAGCUGAAGAAGUUCCUGACACGCAGACCCACUCUGCAGACAGUCAGAGACAAGGGCUAUAUCAAAGACCAGGUGUUUGGUUGCAGUCUGAGUGACCUCUGUCAGAGAGAGAACGCAUCCGUGCCGAGCUUCGUCACCAUGUGCAUCGACCACGUGGAAAACAACGCUCUGAACGUGGACGGGCUGUACAGAGUGAGUGGGAACCUGGCGAUCAUCCAGAAACUACGCUUCGCUGUCAAUCAUGAUGAGAAGGUGGACCUGGAGGAAGGGAAGUGGGAGGAUAUCCAUGUGACUACAGGAGCGUUGAAGAUGUUCUUCAGAGAGCUGCCUGAACCCCUCUUCACAUAUGGACUAUUCCAUGACUUUGUCAACGCCAUCAAGAUCCCAGACUACAAGCAGCGUGUCCAGUCCGUCAAGGAGCGAGUCAAACAGUUGCCAAAACCCAAUCAGGACACUAUGCAGGUCCUCUUCAAACACCUCAGGAGGGUGAUUGACCACGGUGAGGAGAACCGUAUGACGACCCAGAGCGUGGCCAUAGUGUUCGGCCCCACCCUCCUCAGACCCGAGACAGAGACGUGGAACAUGGCGGUCCACAUGGUCUAUCAGAACCAGAUAGUAGAGCUCAUCCUGCUGGAGUACGAGGGCAUCUUUAGGUAGACACCAGAGGGGUGACCUUUCCCCUGGGUACAGGUCUAGGAUCAGCUUCCCUUCCCACAAUCCUAACCUUAACCAUUAGUGGAGGAAAUGCUAAACUGACCUAGGAUCAGCGUCUAGGGGCAUCUUCACCCUACACCGGUAGAGACGCGAGGUGAUGUUCACUAGGAACGACACGGAAGCAAACGGCCGAAACGGAGAAGGGACUACGUGAACACUUGUUUUUGUUUUCCGUUGUAAAAUGCUUCGUAACGUUGUGCUGUAAUAAAUUCCAACCCAGGCCUCCUCUCUGAACACCAUCACCACCAUGAUUAUGCAGAGCUCUCAACCCAACCCAGGCGAGACCGGUCCAACUCACCUCCCUCUAACCUGUAGUCAUUCACGCCUCAGAAUCCAUCUCCCGCGAACCAAACCUGUAAGACAAGGACUUAUUAAACACAACCAAUAAAACUCAAGUUGAGACUCUUUGCACUUAGCAGCAAAUUUGGAUGAUGCUUCCCCCCUCCCUGCUCCUCUCUCCAUGACUGGUUUUGUGGGACUUUCUGCAAAAGGCAAAAUCCAAUCCUGACUGUCCAUACACUGGAUUACUAUGGUCGAUACCUGAGCUAGACUCUCGCCUGGAUAGACUGGCUGAAUGGAGGGUAGACUGGCUGAAUGGAGGAUGGACUGGCUGAAUGGAUGGAGGGUAGACUGGCUGAAUGGAGGGUGGACUGGCUGAAUGGAGGAUGGACUGGCUGAAUGGAGGAUGGACUGGCUGAAUGGAGGGUAGACUGGCUGAAUGGAGGGUAGACUGGCUCAAUGACUGAAUAUCCAGAGCGACUUACAGGAGCAAUUAGGUUUAAGUGCCUUGCUCAAGGGUACAUCAACAGAUUGUUCACCUA